GGCCCGUUACCAAGCACUGCACCGCGCAGGAUCUGACAACGACGACAGCAACGGGCACUGACAUCAGGAAUACAGCGAGCGAGAUAACAACACAGACACUCCGGAAUACAGUAGGGGAUGGCAGUGAAUGUGUACGCCACAUCUGUGUCUAUUGACAACCUCAGCCGACAUGACAUGCUGGCAUGGGUCAAUGAUUCUUUGCACCUCACCUACACGAAGAUUGAACAGCUCUGUUCAGGAGCGGCAUAUUGCCAGUUCAUGGACAUGUUGUUUCCAGGCUGUAUCCUUCUGAAGAAGGUCAAAUUUCAAGCCAAGCUGGAGCAUGAAUCUAUACACAACUUCAAAGUUCUUCAGGCAGCUUUUAAACGGAUGAGUGUUGACAAAAUAAUUCCUGUUGAAAAGCUUGUAAAAGGGAAGUUCCAGGACAACUUUGAGUUUGUGCAGUGGUUCAAGAAGUUCUUUGACGCCAACUAUGACGGGAAGGAAUAUGACCCUUUACUAGCCAGACAGGGGCAGGACGUGGCCCCCGCCCCCAACCCAGGUGAUCACUUUAUCCACAAACCAAAGAGAAACCCAGGACCACAGAGGACAUCUCCAACAGUUCCCAAAAACAUGCCAACACCACAGCGGGUCCAACACAACACUCCAGCUAUGAGGAAGAAUCCAUCAUUGUCUAGAAACGGGGGCAGCGACGCUGAGAUCAUGGAGCUAAAUCAACAGUUGAUGGAGUUGAAGUUGACUGUAGACGGACUAGAGAAGGAGAGAGACUUCUACUUCAGCAAACUACGGGACAUUGAGCUGAUCUGCCAGGAACACGAGAGUGAAAACAACCCCAUCCUCAGCAAGAUAAUCGACAUUCUCUACGCAACAGAGGAUGGUUUUGCACCUCCGGAGGAUGACGACCUCGAUGAGCAAGCUCACCUGGACCAGGAUGAAUACUGAGCCCUUCAUUUCCCUCCCCUACUAACAUCUCCAUCUCCCCUCUCCUUUUUACCCUCAUUUGUUUUCUACUCUCUGCACGCUCUCUCUAUAAAUACUCACCAUUAUCCCGGCUCUCUGUCUGUCUUUUCUUUUCUUUUCUUUCCCAUAUGUAUAUCUGUUCGCAACCUCCCCCAAUCCACCCUCUGGCCAUCUACACACAACUACUCUGCAUCAUCAUCUGCUGCUCCUCCCUGCCUCCACUUAACACAGUAACAAUAACAGAAAUGUAUGACAUAUCCCAGUUAUAUCAGCAUGAGUAACGCAGAAAAAUCGAGCUGAGCCUGGCAUGGAGGUUGUUAUGGAAAAAAUUUAAGUCUGUAAAUAUUGCCAACAUUGUGAAUCCUGAGAGAACGUCUUUGCUCAUUAUGGAGUUAUUUAUUUGCCUUUGGUGCAAGAGCACAGAACAACGCUGCUCCGGUGUGCCAUCGGGACACUCCCAGAGCGACUAAAACUGUAACAAAAGUGACUUUUUAAUAACAAUUUCUUAUUUAUUUAACUUAUAUUUAAUUUAGAUUAACUUUCUGUAGCAAAAUCGGUGCAAAACCUACUGUAAAUGAAUUGAAAGCUGAGGCCAUGAGUGAUAUUUCAGUUAAUGGUUUGUGCUUGAGUCCGCAUCGAGCUUUUAGUUUCUGUUAUGGUGGGUUUGUGGCAUGUAGAAACGCUGAAGGAUAUUCUUUGGUGUAAUGACUCAAGGCGUACGAUCAGUGCUCUGAGAUUCAUCAUUAUUGAUCAGCAACAUAUCUGAGCAUGAGAAUGUUACACAUUGACUGUGAAUGAGUGAUAUUUUGUAUAUGUAUUUUGUGUGGAGAUUUCGUCCGAUGUCGCACGACCCUGGUUAAUUGCUGUUGUAUCUUUCAGGCCGACAUGCAGAAGCCUACGAGUUUGAAAUUUAGAGGUGGAAAGCCGCCUGCAGACUGACAACAUGGUUAUAGACUGUAGCAAUUCUAACGUUUUAAUCUAAAAUAUGGGAACCUGACACUGAAUUAAUACAGCUACAUUUUGACAGGUUUAGUCAUGUUUUUCCAGCUUAUUAUAAUAGUUUGAACCUUUCAUAUGCUGUUAAGGGUUGCCCAGCGUAUUAGAGUUGUAGUUUGGAAGAAAGUCAGUAUUAAGAAAUCUGUGACCAGUUGACUGGUCAUUAUAACAUAUAAACAAAGGAAGUCUCCUUGUCCUUCCCCAGCUUUUUUUACUUGCAAACUGGCUGUCGUCUGCUCUGGAAAUUGCAUUCAUUGACCAUGUAAACAUCUACAGAACACUCA